GCGUCACUGGAAUAAUGGAGGACUAUCUUUUCUAGCCGGACCGAUGAUGUCUUUAUUUACUCUCUGCUCGCCGUGAUUUGGGGAGGAAAAACAACUCUUCUGCAUUUCAGCACUGUGCAGGUCAAAGUGACAGUCCCAGGAUGACCACAGACACAGCAGCCCAGACUGUGGGCUCCAGGAUAAUGACCUUUAACCCCUCAAAGGAGGAAUUCAAAGACUUCAGCCGGUACAUCGCCUACAUGGAGUCUCAAGGAGCUCACAAGGCAGGAAUGGCAAAAGUCAUUCCACCCAAAGACUGGAAGCCGAGGCGGACGUACGACGACAUCGAUGACCUGGUGAUUCCUGCUCCCAUCCAGCAGGUGGUUACCGGCCAGUCGGGCCUCUUCACGCAGUACAACAUCCAGAAGAAACCGAUGACGGUCCGCGAGUUCCGCAAGACGUCCAACAUGGACAAGUUUUGUAAUCCCCGAUAUGUGGAUUUUGAAGAGCUGGAGAGGAAGUUCUGGAAGAAUCUGACCUUCAACCCUCCGCUGUAUGGAGCUGACGUCAGUGGAACGCUCUACGAUCCAGACGUGACAGAGUGGAACAUCGGCCGUCUGAACACCAUCCUGGACACCGUGGAGAACGAGAGCGGCAUCAAGAUCAAAGGAGUGAACACGCCAUACCUCUACUUUGGGAUGUGGAAGAGCACCUUCGCCUGGCACACCGAGGACAUGGACCUGUACAGCAUCAACUACCUUCACUUCGGAGAGCCCAAGUCCUGGUAUGUUGUCCCACCAGAACACGGGAAACGUCUGGAAAGACUCGCCAAGGGUUUCUUUCCCGGGAAUGCUCAGAGCUGUGAAGCAUUCCUGCGGCACAAGAUGACUUUAAUCUCACCCUCAAUCCUGAAAAAAUACGGCAUACCAUUUGAGAAGGUCACUCAGGAGGCUGGGCAGUUCAUCGUGACGUUCCCUUUUGGCUACCACGCUGGUUUCAACCACGGUUUCAACUGCGCUGAAUCCACCAACUUCGCCACUCAGCGAUGGAUCGAUUACGGCAAACAGGCAACCCUGUGUUCCUGCCGUCAGGACAUGGUGAAGAUCUCCAUGGAUGUCUUCGUACGCAAGUUCCAGCCGGAUCGUUACAAGCUGUGGAAGGCGGGGAAGGACAACACGCCCAUCGACCACUCCAAACCCACACCGGAGGCCGCCGAGUUCCUGAAGGAAGAGAAGGUAGAGCCGAUGGAGGAGAGUCCCAACGAGGCUGUAGUUCAACAACCCACAAACAGUGUGGAGGAGGAGAAGAGCCCAGAGCCCAAGGCUGGGAUAAAGCGUCAGUAUGAAGCUGUUGAAGCUCCAGAAGAUGGAAACACUGAGCUGAACGAGAAGGAGACGGAGAAGGAGACUGAGACGGAGACGGAGAAGGUGGAGCAGAAGAAGGCCAAGGUGACCCAGAAGGAGUCGCCUACUAAAGUCGCCAUCAAGCCAGAAAAAGACCCAGUGAAAGUCAAAGCAGAACCUAAGAAGGAGAAAGAUGCAAAGCCACAGCCUAAAUCUCAGUCUAAAGCCAAUGCUAAGAAAACUUCAAACAGACGAAGCCCGGCGAAAAAAGAGAAAAACGGCGUGUCGGCUGCGGAUGUCGUUCCUCCUGAGCCGGCUGAUGGCCAGGCAGCCGGCGGCAGCGAGGAGCCUCACCCGGCCAGCAGCUCCAGUCCGGCACACCGGCUGUUCCAGAGGACGCUGAGCCCCGCCGACGUCCUGCACGUCCACAGCUACGCCAAGGGAGACUACGGAGAGGGAGAAACCCCGGCGAAGGAGGAGAGGAGGAGCGACAGCAGCGACAACGAGGCAGAGAGAGAAGACAGACAGCAGGGGGCAGAAGAGGUGGCACUAGAUGAAGAACAGGAUAGCCAUCUAGGAAAGCUGCCAAGGCAUCACCCGCUUAUAAAGGAAGGCAUGAGUGAUGAAGAGCUGCCAGAGGAGGUGCCGCCGGUGGAGGAGGGCGGUCUGGAGGGCGAGAGCUGGGCCAAACCUCUGGCUCACCUGUGGCAGAGCAGGCCUCCCAACCUGAAGAAGGAGAGGGAGUACAACCAGCGCGUGGGCUCCAAGCCUCCGUACUGCUCCAUCUGCAUGCUGUUCCACACCUACCAGCAGACUGAAUGUGCAAACAGCGUCGACAGUCCCGUGGUGGCGUCCGGCGGGCGGAUGCGGACCAAGCCUCUGAUCCCAGAGAUGUGCUUCACCACCAUCACAGAGGAGGACUCGGAGUGUGAGGAGCCGCCUGUCACGCCCCACCUGGAGGAGGACGGGACCAGCCUGCUCAUCAGCUGCUCCCAGUGCAGCGUCCGCGUUCACACCAGCUGCUAUGGCGUGGACCCAGCCAGUGUGACCAAGGAGUGGAAGUGUGCACGCUGCAAAGCGAACGCCAUGACUGAGAACUGCUGUUUGUGUUCGCUGAGGGGCGGAGCGCUGCAGAAAGCCAACAACAGCAAGUGGGUACAUGUGAUGUGUGCCGUGGCCGUGCUGGAGGCUCGCUUUGUCAACAUCACCGAAAGAAGUCCUGUGGAUUUGAGUGGAAUUCCUUUGCAGAGAUUUAAACUAAAAUGUUACUACUGUAAGAAGCGGAUGAAGAAGGCCUCUGGCUGCUGCGUGCAGUGUUCUCAUGGCCGCUGUCCCACCGCCUACCACCCCACCUGUGCCCAGGCCGCCGGGGUCCUGAUGCAGCCGGAUGAAUGGCCCUUUGUGGUCUACGUCACCUGCUGUCGACACAAAGGCCCCACUCAGAUCGAGCGCAACAAAGCAGCCAUGCACGAGCUGACUGUGGGGCAGAAGGUGAUAUGCAAGCACAAGAAUGGCCGCUACUACCAGUGUGACGUGGUGCAGCUGUCCAAGGAGACGUUUUACGAAGUCAACUUUGAUGACGGUUCCUUCAGCGACAACCUGUUCCCUGAGGACAUCGUGAACCGAGACUGCGCCCAGCUCGGGCCUCCACCCCAGGGUGAGGUGGUUCAGGUGCGAUGGACGGAUGGCCUGGUCUACGGGGCCAAAUUUGUGGCAGCUCAUGUAAUCCAAAUGUACCUGGUGGAAUUUGAGGAUGGGUCGCAGCUAACAGCCAAGAGAGACGACGUCUACACUCUGGAUGAGGAGCUUCCCAAGAGAGUCAAGUCCAGACUGUCCAAGGCGUCGGACAUGCGCUUCGACGGGAUCUUUGAAGAGAAGGAGAUCAUCCAGGAGUCAAAGAGACAGAGGGUGAUCAACUCGCGUUACAGAGGGGACUACAUUGAACCUGUGAUUUACAGAGCCAUCAUGGAGUAGCCGCUCACAACCUGCCUACUCAUCCACAGACCACCAGCACUGACAGACUGGAACUGUGCUCACUGUACCUUAAUUCAGCAGCUAGCCACUGAGAGAGUGUAGCUCAAAAUGACUUCUUCAGGAACCCCAUGUUGGGCUGUUGUUGUUGCUUUUUUUUUCUUUUUUUUUUUAAUUUAAUUUUGUUUUUGCCCCCGUCAUUCAUCCAGCUUCAUUUACCAUAACAGGCGUAUAUUUUCUUUGACCAUUUUUUUUUCUCUCACCCAUUUCGGUUUUACACUCCAAGCCACAGCGCAGUUUGCUGACAUAUAAGCCCGGGCAGUACCGAAUGGCGGUAACUUUUGUGUCUACACAUGAAUGACAGCAUUACUGAAAGCAAUACUAUAUAUACGAGGGCAUUUGCCCGCUGAAGUAGCAUUUUGUUGGUUGUGCACCAGUGAAAAAAGAAAACCUGAGCAGAGAGCAGUGCAGAUGUAAAAGUUGCUGCCUUUCAUCCACAGUAACAGUAAAUGAUCUGCUCCUUACUAAACAUUUCAGUUCACUUUGCCAGUUGUUUACUUUCUGAGUUUUGGGAUGCUGUGUGUACCUAAUUUUAAUUAAAAGAGGGAGCAAUGCCAUUUAAUUCACUGAUAUGCCUCCUCUGUUACUAUAAUAUUAACUGCAUUCCUUAACAUUUAAUUUUAUAGAAACAAUGAUAAAGCUUUUUCCAUUUUUAGAUUUGUUUUUACCAGCCUAUUUAUUAUGGUGCUUUGAGAAAGUAGCCUCUGCAACACAGACAUCGGUCUGUAGUAAUUCAUAUGAAGAGGUUUGAGGUUGAUGUAUGUUCUAUUUUUUCUACAGUAUAUAGAUGAAUUUUAACAAAUCCAUUCUGAUUUUUAAUGCGCUUUGUCUAUCUGGUUGGCUCCUUACUCUUCUACUGAAAGUUGUGCAUUGCACUUUUAUUUAAGUCCAGUUUGAGAGGACAGUUGAAUUGUUGUGUGCUGCCAUUGCUAAUUUGUUAAAAAGUAUGUUUUGAAAUGUUAAUUGUACAUUUUAUAAGAUGUCUUAUGGAUUGUGUACCCCUUCUCCACUCGGCCAAGCUCAUCGAUCACAAUGCACUUAUUAUAGGAACAAGGUGGCCUUCAGAUGUCCAUCGUUUGCCUGUAAUUUGCUGUUGUCGUAGUGUGAGACUGAAGACAGAGGAAUUGUAGUUUUAUAGCUAGUUAUUGCCAGUUGCAAGCCCGUGCUUUCAUCAGUUCAGUGGAGAAUGAAUUUAUAUUAUUCACAAAGUAUGAACAGAGUUGUACGUGGGGAGGGGGGUUAGUUUUCUAUUCUAUUUUAUUGAGUUGUUUUGUAAAACAUGUUCUAUGUGUAUUUUCACAGAAGUCUGUGAGAGUUAUAAAUGUCAUGUAGUCUAUUUUAAGAUGCUGUCAGCCCAGGAGAUCAGGUGUCUCCUCAUCUCCUCCUGGUUGGCUGCAGGCUCCUUACCCAUCUACGUGAUACUGAAGAUAAAUAUUGGACUUCCAGAAUAUCAUUUAAGCGUUUUGUAAAGAUCAUUUGAUUGUUUCAGUAAAGAAAUUGGCUUCAUGCCAUUUUGUCUGUUUCAUAA